AUGUCCGUCAGGCUGAGACAAGUCCGUUACCAGUCGAGCACGGUCAUUCGCAUACCAGGAUCGAACAUAUAUCGCUUGGGUGACUCGAACUUUGCAUCUCCCGUCUUUUCCAACGUCACUUGGACAGCCAAAGACGGCGAGAGCUGGGCUGUAAUUGGUGCUGGAUCGAAUCAGAAGACAGCGCUGCUGAGGACUUUGCUUGGGCACUUCCGCAUCACACCACCACCAGCCCCAUCUGAGGGAGGGCUUUUCCCGUUCCUUGCACAGGCCGACCCGCCUCGUGACCCGCACACGAAUGUCGCACUCGUUUCCUUUGCACACCGUCCCCGCACCUCGGGCACUGGCUUUUAUGACUACACCGCACGUUAUGGCGCAGUUCGCGAGGAGGACAGAAUCACAUUACGUGAAAGCAUGUUUGGAGAUCAUGAUUAUCUCAACCUCCGGCCAAAUAAGCCUGAAGACCAGGUCAGCAAGUCGUCAGAGGAGCUUGCAGUAGAAGAGAGAAAGAAGGCGCUGUUUGAGGAGAUGGUGGAAAGACUUGGUUUGAGCCAGCUACUUGACCUUCCACUCGUUGCGUUAUCCAACGGGCAGACCAGGCGAGCGCGGAUCGUCAAGGCACUGUUGGCCCGGCCGGAGUUGCUCAUACUGGACGAGCCGUUGACGGGUCUUGACGUGUCUAAUCGUCCAAAGUUACUUGAUAUCCUACAUAACUUGCACGUUGCACGCAACCCACGUGUUUUAUUGGGGUUACGUCUGCAAGAUCCUGUACCUGAGUGGAUCACCCACCUCGCUCUUAUCAGCGAGAAGGGCGUCAUCACCGGUCAAAAGGAUAUUGUUUUGGAGGCCGAGGCCAAGCGGAGCGUGCGCGAGGAGCGUGAUUCACAGUCGCGCUCUUCGAAUGCUAGCAGCAGCCUUAGCGGCUCAGGGCGAUCGACUGUGGUUGACUUGAAGAACGUUAGCGUGACUUACGGUCCUAGGCAGGUACUGAAAGAAAUUAACUGGACAAUUCGCGAAGGCCAGCGGUGGCACCUCAGAGGACCCAAUGGGUCCGGAAAGACGACCCUCCUUGCCCUCCUUACGGGUGACCACCCACAAUCGUAUACUCAACUCGGAACUUCUCGGCACCUCCGUCUCUUCUCCCGCCCCCGUUCGCGCAUACCCACUCCUCAUCUUCGCUCCCUCAUCGGUGUCGUCUCACCAGAACUAGCAAAUGCUUACCCCCGUCGCGCCGGCGUAUCCGUUUGGGAGGUCGUUGGUACUGGUUUCGAUGGUGCAUUUGUCCCCGGUGGACUGGAUGGCGUUGGCCACGGUAUCGACGGGCCACUCAGCGAUGAGCAGCGCCGGUGGCGGGUGCAGCGUGUACGUGAGGUUAUGUCUGGGCUAGGGCCCUCAAGUUGGGCACCGAAGCAGCUCCAUGACCCCACAGCGGACAGUCAGACGGAUGUGGACACACACGGUGGUAAACUCAAGGCAAGCGAUGUAACGUUUGCAGAAAGAGAUUUUGCAGACCUGGCUGCUGGAGAGCAGGCUAUUGUGCUACUCAUGCGGGCUCUCGUGGGCAGACCACGUCUCGUCCUACUCGAUGAAGUAUGGAGUGGGAUGGACGACUCCAUGGUACGUGCUGCGCGAGCAUACCUACGCGACGGUGGCGGAGUCGACGAUGAUCAAGCUGCUGUGGUGAUCAGCCACUGGGAGGAGGAGGUACCGUGGAACACCGGAGACGGACUGCGACGAAUAUCCCUUGAGGACGGGGUGGCUACGUGCUCCUGAUUGGUUGCAUGUUCAUGCAUCUCGCCACGUACAUACAGUUUGUAUACAUGUCUAGAAAACAGGGUAAUGACCCCAAACGAAGACAUCGAAAUAUUACACGCAUUCAUACAGAUUGGUGCCUUCGCUUUGAGAAACCCAGAAACUGUGCGCCCUUUAAGACCAUGGUCCUUCAGACACAGUUCCCCAUCCACUCUUCGCGUCAUCCCAGCCCGCUGCGCUCGCAUCUUCAACUUGAUCUGCCCAUGAGCCCUUGGACGGCUUCUGUAUCUGGUUCUGGUUCUUAAAUUGUGUUUUAGCUGUGGUCUGCGGCUGGGACUGCUUUUGAUCCUGUGCCUUUUUAGCGUUCUUCCAAGAACCUUUUGCCACCUUGACGCCUGCGGUACCCUUUCCUUUACCCUUGGCUUGAGUCUCCAAGCCAACAUCAGGAGCAGGGCUGGUUGACCUCCCGUGAGACUCAGUUGUGGCAUUUGAUUUAUCCACGUCGAGGUCACUGGUAUCAUCCGGGGUGGAAGUUGUCGGCAAUGGAUCCCAGUCUGCCGAAGGCACAGCGUUCCACAGGUUGUCCGAAUCGUUACCUAUGUCGGUCCCUUCGGCACGACUCAUAGCACUCUCCUCCUCGAGUGCCGCGUUAAGAUCCUUCAACUCGCGUGGCGCACCCUUCCAGUUCGUCUUUACCAGUGCACCCCUCCCUUUGUACAUGUCAUUGCCCCGCCCGCCUCGGUCUCGGUCUGCAAUGCCGGACCCACGCCAACCACGUCCGCUCCCGCGUCCACGUCCUCGACCGGCGGCAUCAGCUCGCUGGGCACGUUCUUCGGCCCAUUGCUUCUUGCGCUUCUUCUCUGCGUAUUCCCUGCAUAUACCUUUUGUGCAAAGUUUUCCGUGAGCGGGGCACAGGUCGUCGUCGUUGACGCCUGAUACAGAGCUGAGCUUUGCCCAACCUUCGUUGCCUCCUGACUCUCCGCUGGCGUUACUCUGCGCGGGCGACGCGCGGCGUGCAUAGGCUUCUGCGUCAUCACCUGGCUUCAAGCCCCAAACGUGGUCGUCAUCGUUGUUAUCUUGAGGGACGCCAGAGCCGUCAUGUCCAGAUGAGACAAGGGAGGGAGAGGAGCCAUGAACGACACCUUGAGCUCCCGACAUGAGCACACCCAUGUCAGCAAGCUCGUCGUCGUCGUCCUCUUCGUCGUAACCAUAGCCAUCCACACCCCUGGGUUUUCCGUUUUCGUCAUUCAGCGUGAGCUGACGGCUGAGUGCAUCUGCCAUGCCAUCUGGCAUGGGUACCUGCACCGCGUAAGGGUUUGGCGAAUGAUCCAUCCCAUUUGAUGAUGAAUUUGCCAAACGGGCUGAACCUAAGCCUGGAGGCGGACCCCAAACAUUCACUGCAGGGCCAGAUGUUGAAGGCGGGCCUUUCGACCAAACUGAUCUCGGAGGCAAAGGCGCGAGUCCCGGCGGAGGGCCGAGCCCAGGAGGUGUAGAUCCAGGGGGAGGUGUAAGUCCAGGAAGC